GCCCACGACGAGCGAAAAGGGGGAGGAGAGAAAAAAACACCCAUUUUCCAGCUCUACCCCUGUCAUCAUCUUCUUUUUCUUGCUCCAAGCUGCAGCGAGAAGCAGUUUGAUCGUCUUGGUGUGCAAAUCCACCGUGCUGUCGUAGCGGUACCGGUCUUGGUUUUCUUUCGGUGCGCGUAAAUCCGUGUGUCCCUCCCACCGUCCUAUCCAUCCUGUGUAUUUGGUAGAGCCAGAGGAGGCAAAAUUGUUAAGCGGCAUAGCAUGGAAGGAGGCGGUGGCAUGCCCGGGGGAAUGCUGCCGAGCACCAUGGGCUCCGCCGGAUUGCUCGGCCUGGAGAUGCCCCUCCACCCGCAUCAACACCCGCAGCAGCAACAGAAGCAGUUCCUCCACCCGCAGCAGCAGCAGCACAUCUUCCCGUUCCAGCCCCCCCAGUCCGGCAGCGAUAUCGACCACCAAAUGAGGCACGCCACCUCUUCCUCCUACAGCCCCUACAGCGCCAGGGGGAAGCAGCAGCCUACGCUGAGCUCCGAAGACGAGCAGCAGCCGGGACUCGGGGACGAGGGCGACGGGGCGAGGCGGGUGUCCUCGCAGUCGCCGACGCCUUCUCCGUGGCAGCGGAUGAAGUGGACGGACAGCAUGGUCCGGCUCCUCAUCUCGGUGGUCUACCGCGUGGGGGACGACGGCGGUGGUGGGGGCGGGCCCGAGGGGGAGCCGCAGCAGCCCCACGCGGCCGCCUCUGCCUCCUCUGUGGCCAAGGGCAAGAAGGGGCUGGGGACAUCGGCUUCGGCGACCUCGGCUUCGGCUCUGCUGCAGAAGAAGGGGAAGUGGAAGUCGGUGUCGCGGGCGAUGAUGGAGAAGGGGUUCUACGUGUCGCCGCAGCAGUGCGAGGACAAGUUCAACGACCUGAACAAGCGAUACAAGCGGGUGAACGACCUGCUGGGGAAGGGGACGGCGUGCCGGGUGGUGGAGAACCAGGCCCUUCUCGACACCAUGGACCUCUCCCCCAAGGCCAAGGAGGAGGCCCGCAAGCUCCUCAAUUCCAAGCACCUCUUCUUCCGCGAGAUGUGCGCCUACCACAACGCCACCGCCACCGCAAACUUAGCUUCCGCGCCACCUCCGCAGAUGCAACCGCCGCCUCCACUGCACGCGGAUCACCAGCAGCCCUGCUUCCACCACCCACCGACUGCAGUGUCCGUGGGGAAGCGAGGAACCACGGCUGUGGAGGAGGAUGGCAUGGCAACUCAUGAGGAGGACGAGGACGACGACGACGAUGAUGUAAACACUGAGGAGGACGACGACGAUGAUGACGAUGACGAACAGGAAGAUGACGACGACGAGACGGAUUACCACCAUAAAAGCAAGCGCCGCGCUCACCACGGCGACGGCCACCACCAGCACCAGGGGAAGCUGGAGGAGGCGGAGGACGAGGACAACAAGGGAUUGGUGGGUGACCUAGGCAAGGCAGAAGGGGCAAAGAGGGCUCGUAGGAUGUUCUUGGGGGGCUCUCCCCCUCUCUCGCUUUCCCUGUCGUCGCCAUCUUCGAUCUCUACAUCGAUGCAGCAGCUGAAGAGCGAGCUGAUGGGGAUGGCAGGAGGCGGAGAGCAGCAGCAGCGGCAGUGGCUGAAGAGGAGGGUGGUGGAGCUGGAGGAGCAGCGAGUGGGGUACGAGAGCCGGGCUCUGCAGCUGGAGCGCCAGCGUUUCAAAUGGCUCCGCUUCAGCACCAACAAGGAGCGCGAGAUGGAGCGGAUGAAGCUCGAAAACGACCGCCUCCGCCUCGAGAACGAGCGGAUGCUGCUUCUUCUCCGCCAGAAGGAAUUCGAGCUCCUCGGCGGCGGCGGCGGUGGUGGGGCCGACAACCAACUCCAGCAGCAGCAGCAACAGCUAAUGCUUCAACCCGCCACAAAUGCCAACCACAAGCGCCCUACCGGGGAUCACCACCUCAACCCGUCCGGCGAUCAUAUCUCAACCGCUGCCUGAGUUCAUAAAACAGAGAGCAACGGUCGAGCGGAUAUUGGCAGCACCGCCGUCCCGCCUGGCCGAUUGACGUAUGCAUUCACUGCCUUGUUACGUGCUCCGCGAUGUCUCUGCAUCAUCAAUGCAAGCAAGCACAACAAUAAUAUAUGUCGUGCUUGUUUUCUCUGUAAUUUUGCUCCACUACCAUACAAAAACUCAUGUAACGGUAUCUUCGAAAUCAUCUUCUGUUUGGAUAUUUGUAACAACGAAAAUGAAGAAAUCUAUUGUUCUCA